AUGGCAAAUUGUCAAGAUAAAUGUUUCAUAUCGUUAGUCGCUGAAACUAUGGCUUUAAAACAAAAAUUUAAAUGUUAUGUUAAAGAAAAAGAAAAAGCCAAACGUGGAAAAGUAACAACCGAUUGUGAUUCAAAUGAAAUUAUUCAAUCUCAUUAUUUAAAUCAAUAUUCAAAAGAUGCAAGAGUUUUUCAAAGUUUUUUAACAGAAGAUUCUUUUUAUAAUUUUUUAUCAAAAAGUGUUUUAGGUUUCAUAGGUGGAAUAUUUUUAACAUAUGCAUGCUUCAUGUUUUUGGUAUUUUCAUUAAAUUUUACUCUCGAUAGAGCAACUUUUAUAUGUAUGUGCUUGAGUGUGAUAUUAUCAUUAGGAUUAGCUUUUUCUGUAAAAAUCAGAUGUACAGUGUUCUUAUGCAUACCACAAUUAUUUUCUAAAAGAGGAAGGCAAGCUCUUUUGGCAUACGCCUUCAUUUUAGCUCUUUCCGGUCCCGCCAAAAAUACAUUACAUAACGUUGAAGUUAUGAGUGAAUCAUUAGCUUGCGGACAGGAACAAGUAAAGCAAACCGAAAAUGAAUUAUUAAAAUUUGUUAGAAAACCUAAUGCCAUUGCAAAAAAAUCAAUAGAAAAACUAUUGGAAAAAAUUAAUUUAGCAGUGAAAGAUUUCAAAAAUUUCAUAACACGAUUCUACAGAUCGUGUUUCAAUAUAUUGGAAACAUUAUUUCAUACUCAAAAAUGGAUUCAUAGCAUUAUUUCAUUGUGUAAUGAAAAAAUGGGUGAACCAACUCACCGUUGCGAAUCCCUUUUAAAAAGUUCCAUUUCGAUUUGCGAGUACUACUCUUUUUCAGUACUUGAAAAUUUUAAACGUCGAGCUUUAAAUAUUUUAUACGUAAAAGUUAACAUUCAUCAAAUAUAUUCGCAAUCGAAUCGAUCCAUUUAUCACGAAGAAUAUCAAGGUAUGGCUACGGAAAUUAGACAGAAAACGGAUCAAUUUCUACAAUACGUUGAUUUUAUGAGCGUUAUUUUCGGAAUAUUUAUACUCGUCCUUUUUGUCAAAGUUAUCAUUUACCGCCAUAAAUUUUUAACCGAAGAUCAUUAUGAUAAUAGAUUCAUAACUCCGGAUUUCGAAGAUAUAGAUUACACGAGAGCUCAAUUUAAAAUGGAAACCAUUUUACCAUUGAAACCGAACGAAAGAAAACAAUAUAUAAAAGUAACGUCCAUAAGGUUGGUACCUUGUGAAAAAAUCCGUUUGCUCUCAUCUUUUAUUUUUUUGAUAUUUGCCACGUUUAAAAUUGUCGUUCACAUGUUGACGGAUUCGUUUCUAUAUUGGAUUCUAUCAUCUGUAAGACAAAAUGAAAGAAUGUUAUAUAUGAGCAGUUUAAAAGAUCGAGAAUACGAUUUAAAAGUCAAAGUUGUCGGUAAAGGAUUGAUUGCAAGUUUUUUACAAAAUGUAACGGAUGCAGUUGUAAAACAAUAUUCUUCACACAAAUUAGAUCCGACUCCUUGUUUACCAGAUCCUUUAUCUCCAGACUGGAAUAGAUAUUAUCAAAUUUGUAAGAAACUUCGUCAUACCGUCAUGGUCACAUAUCAUCCUGAUAGGGCAAGAGAAAGAGCCAUUUGGUUGUACAAUAGAAUCAUUUCGAAUAGAAACCUUUAUGUGAAAAUAGCAAGACGGGAAUUGAGAAAAAAAUAUAAAAAUUCCACGCUGGAACAAUCGAUUUUUAAAUUUAAACUCAUGAAAACUCAAACCGUAACGAAAUGUUUGCUUUGUAAAGUAAAAAUAACGAGCGAAUAUAGUAAAAUUAAAUGUAAUACGGAAAAAUGCGUCGGUGUUUAUUGUAACGAUUGUUUUUCCAUAUUAAAAUGUUGCAGUAUUUGUACAGAUCCAGUGGAUUAUGGCGAUUUGAGCGAUUAUUCAGAAGAAAAGCAAGUUUGA